GCCAUAUUGGGAAACAACGGAAAUGAGAAAGGGGGAGAGGGAGAGAGAGAGAGAGAGAGAGGAGCAGAUAGAGAGAUAACUGUGUGUGUGUGUUGAGUCAAUCAGUUUCCGAAAAAGGGCGUCCUCCUCUGCCUUUUCUCAUGUUUGUCUCUCCGGAGGAAGGGGCGGUCUGAGCGCCACAGCAGAUCCGUGUUCGCUCCGCUCUGCUCGGUCGGCUCGGCUGCGUCGGUCGGUUGGUGCUCCGCGGCGGUUCGGUUCUAGCUGACAGACCCGGGACAAGAGAGAGAGAGAGAGAGAGAGAGAGAGAGAGGAGCUCAAAAACAUUUAAAGAAAGAAAAGAGAAGAGGAAAAGAAAGGAAAGAGGUGGGACUGAAAGAGUCGACCGAGGGAGGAACCGGAGCAGAAAAGAGGAAUAAAAAAAGAAGAAGAAGAAGAAAGAAAAGUAGAGGGGGAAGACGGGAAAGAUGCCCCUGGCUCAGCUGGCAGACCCCUGGCAGAAGAUGCCGGUGGGGGGGACGGCAGGAGAGGAUGGUCACCACGAUCCUGAGGACUCCGUGGGCGAGGACGACUCGAUGCCCGCCUGCACCGACGAUGUGCCAAUUAAGGAGAUCAGUAUCACUCACCAUGUGAAGGAGGGAUCAGAGAAGGCCGACCCUCGACAGUUUGAGCUGCGCAAAGUCCUGGGGCAAGGCUCCUUUGGCAAGGUGUUUCUGGUGAGGAAGAUCACAGGACCAGACGCCGGUCAGCUGUACGCCAUGAAAGUCCUGAAGAAAGCCACGCUGAAAGUGCGUGACCGGGUCAGGACAAAGAUGGAGAGAGACAUCCUGGUGGAGGUCAACCAUCCCUUCAUCGUCAAACUGCACUAUGCGUUUCAGACGGAGGGGAAGCUCUACCUGAUCUUGGAUUUUCUCCGAGGAGGAGAUCUCUUCACUCGUCUCUCUAAGGAGGUAAUGUUCACAGAAGAGGAUGUGAAGUUUUACCUGGCUGAACUUGCUCUGGCACUCGAUCACCUUCACGGCCUCGGCAUCAUUUACAGAGACCUCAAGCCUGAGAACAUCCUGCUGGAUGAGGAGGGACACAUCAAGCUGACCGACUUUGGCCUCAGCAAGGAGUCAAUAGACCACGAGAACAAAGCCUACUCCUUCUGUGGGACGGUGGAGUACAUGGCUCCUGAGGUGGUGAACAGGCGAGGACACACGCACAGCGCAGACUGGUGGUCGUACGGCGUGCUCAUGUUUGAGAUGCUGACGGGAACGCUGCCGUUUCAAGGCAAAGACCGGAAAGAGACGAUGACCAUGAUCCUCAAAGCCAAGUUGGGAAUGCCACAGUUUCUGAGCUCAGAAGCUCAGAGUCUCCUCAGGAACCUUUUCAAACGUAACCCUGCAAACAGAUUAGGAGCUGGACCAGACGGAGUAGAGGAGAUCAAGAGGCAUCAGUUCUUCAACACCAUCGACUGGAAUAAACUGUACCGCAGAGAGAUCUACCCUCCUUUCAAACCGGCUGCAGGACGACCUGAUGACACUUUCUAUUUUGAUCCAGAGUUCACAGCUAAAACACCCAGAGACUCCCCGGGGGUUCCUCCCAGUGCCAACGCCCAUCAGCUGUUCAGAGGAUUCAGUUUUGUGGCCAUAACAGAGGAGGAAACACAACCACUACCCAAUGCUAUCGUACAGCAACUGCACCGAAGCACGUCCCAGUUCUCAGACGCCUACGAGAUCAAAGAGGACAUCGGCGUCGGCUCCUACUCCAUCUGCAAACGCUGCUUACACAAAGGAACCGGCAUGGAGUACGCAGUGAAGAUCAUCAACAAGGCCAAGAAAGACCCGACGGAGGAGGUGGAGAUCCUGCUGAGAUACGGGCAACACCCCAACAUCAUCACGCUCAAAGACGUGUAUGACGACGGCCGGUCGGUGUUCCUGGUGACGGAGCUGAUGAAAGGAGGCGAGCUGCUGGACAAAAUCCUCCGACAGAAGUUUUUCUCAGAGAGAGAAGCCAGCGCUGUCCUCUACACCAUCACCAAGACUGUGGAGUACCUGCAUGUACAGGGGGUGGUGCACAGAGACCUGAAGCCCAGCAACAUCCUCUACGUGGACGAGAGCGGCAACGCCGAGUCCAUCAGGAUCUGCGACUUUGGUUUCGCCAAACAGCUGAGAGCGGAGAACGGCCUGCUCAUGACGCCGUGCUACACGGCCAACUUCGUGGCACCAGAGGUGUUGAAGAAGCAGGGUUACGAUGCAGCCUGUGACAUCUGGAGUCUCGGCGUCCUGCUCUACACAAUGCUGACAGGCUUCACUCCCUUUGCUAACGGUCCAGAGGACACGCCGGAGGAGAUCUUGGCUCGUAUCGGUAGUGGAAAGUUCUCACUCACUGGAGGAUACUGGACCUCUGUAUCUGCUGAGGCUAAGGAUCUGGUGUCUAAGAUGCUGCACGUCGACCCCAACCAGCGGCUGACGGCAGGUCAGGUGCUCAGACACCCCUGGGUGACGCACAGAGACCAGCUGCCAAAGUACACGCUCAACAGGCAGGACACACCACACCUCGUCAAGGGUGCGAUGGCGGCCACCUACUCGGCCCUCAACAGGAACGUCCCUCCGGUCCUGGAACCGGUGGGCUGCUCCACUCUGGCCCAGCGGAGGGGGGUGAAGAAGAUCACCUCCACUGCUCUGUGACCUUUAACCCCUCCUCACCCCCUCCCCUCACCUCCUCCUCUCAACGCUGACCUCGAUCUGACCUCCGCCGGACCACCCCUCCAUUCCCCACUUGUCUCUCCUGUUCAGUCCACUCCGGUCCGGCGGGACAGACUACUGAUGGACCUGGGAACCGCUAACGCCAAAUAGGAGCACAGAGACCCCCCCCCCCCCCCGCCCUCCUCACCUUCCUGUCCUGUCCUGCACCUUGAUGGACUCCUCUGAUUGGAUCUCCUCUGCCGUCGUAGAGUCUGGACCGGGCUGGAGCGGCGAGUCCUCCUGCAGCGUUUCUGCUUCGGACAAUCAGCGCUGCCGCGUAGAUCCAGAGACGCAGGAAAAUGAAAGUACUGUAUUUAUUUAAUACAAACGCGGGAGGAAUCUGAACAUAGGAGCUAGGUAAUCUAAUGUAAGCAUUUAAAGAGAUAGGAUCUGUGUUGUUAUAGCGGCGUCGUGGCUCUGUAGCUGUACAUCCUGCAUUUAAACCUCAAGUAGCCUCUGAGAUGACGGCGUCUGCAGAGAAGGACCGAGGGUGAGAGUCAGUGCGAGAGGCAGAGCAGCGUUCAGCCCGCGGAGCAGAGAGGCCUCGGCUCGUUUUAGAUUUACCGGAAAAAAGAAAAACGUAGGAGAGAGAAGCAGCAUCUGGUUUAACCGAGUGUGUCUGGGAUAAAGAAAAGUCUCAGCACGACUUUGUGUAGGAAAUUGAUUUUAGUGUCUCAGACAGUCAGAGACUCUGAGUGUCCAGUAUUUUACCUUUCAGCCACAAAACAUAAUGAACAAAGUGUGACUGGUUUGUCUCAGCCAGGGGACAGUCCAACGUUUGUCCUGAGAAACGGGCGUCUCAAACUUUCACGGGACUUAAACACGAACAGGAACAAACAGAUUCUGCGGUUUUACCUUUCAAAGCUACACACGGCCGGUAAAGGUCUGGGACGCCCCCUGGUGGCCACAGGAGGGUUGAACAUUUGAAACUUUAUGCACUUCACUGAGAUUAUGCAAAGUAAAGCGCGAAUCUAAAAUAUCAAACGGGCAGAUUUUCUGUGGAAGUCUCGCAUUGUGCAGCUGUGAGACAGUAAAUUAAAAUCAGAUGUUAAGAAACACCCUGACGAGAAACAAACAGCAGGAUUUGGUUGUGACCUGGAAUCAGGUUUUUGUUUUUAAAGGCCAGAGAGCUUCCUGCUUCCACUACGCUGGUGUGUGAACACGUGAAUCCCGACGACCUCCUGUAUGAGCCGCCUGAUCAUCUGUGUGUGUGUGUGUGUGUGUGUCUGUGUCUGUGUGUGUGUGUGUGUGUGUGUGUCUGUGUGUGUGUGUCUGUGUGUGUGCAGCCGACAGGGAGCUGAACUGUAAAUACAAACACGUCGAGCAACUCAGGUUUCUAAGAAUCAAGACAAUGCAUUUUUAUAUGUCCGGGAGGAGGGAGAUGUUCAUGAUAAGCACACGGGCGGCGACGGGACGUGAACGCAAACGCUGCGGGGAUUAAACGAUGAGAAGGGUUCGAUUCCAGAACCAUUUCGUCUGCUCUUAAAUGACCGGCCGUCGAUUAAAACGCCUGGUUCUGGAGUCGGACUCUUCAGUCUCACCUGUAGCGCCGCAGGUUGGAGCGAGCCGCGGCAUCGUUUUCCACCAUGUGACCAAACCGAUCUCAGUCAGGACGCGAUGUGUUUUGUGUACUGAUACCAGUGCGUCGGUGUCUGUGACGGAGAGGAUCGUCUGUCAGCUUAAACCCUUUAAAAAACUCACCUGUGCAGCAGGUAAACCGCAGCGUUCAGAGCUGUCUGAGGAGAUUAAAGGGUUAGUUCACCCAAAUGACUGCACCAGUUAAAGGUUUAGUUAGAAGGAUCUGGAGUUGGCUUGGCUCUCACAGUAUAUAGAUAAUAACACUCCUAUUUAAAGUAGUAAUAGGACAUAAUGUUUGACAUUUGGUUUAAAGUGACUUUCUGUGGAGCUGCUGUUUCCAAACAUCUGGAAUGAAUAGCUCCUUUGUAGUUUGGGUGAACUGGUCCUUUAAUUCCAACCAAGACAGCACAGAAUCAGCAGGCUGAGGUUUAGGAAAUCACUCAGCUGUUAGAACUGGCCUCUGACCAACCAGCCGUCAUGGUUUGCCUUCUCAGUUUGACAUAAACGUACCUGUGUGUGCCUCUGCUGCGAAACACACACCCCCCACACCCACCCGGGACUUUCAGGUGAGGAGGCAUGAACUGUGUCGACGAGGGGACCGAAGACAAUCAGCAAGCACUAAGAAAAAAGAAUGGAUCCUAGUUCAUCUCCUCGCUCCUGAAAUCCUGCUUCUGUAACCACGAACCUCUGCGUAGAUCCUUCUUAUCUUUAGGUGAAUGAUUGAAAACUACUUCCUCUCUGCGGUUGUGUGAAUGUCUGUCAACAUAAAGGGAUAAAACUUCACUGCUCUGAGACAAUUCUUUGAUUUUAUUUUAUUUUAUAUAUCAUAUGAAAUAUAUAAAUGUUGAUCUUUGCCUCGUCUAUCGAUGUACAGCUCUGGGAUAAAGGAAUGUAAAAGGAAUGAUUUUUUUCUGUAAUUAUAAACAGGGGAAUAGCUUUCUCUCUUCUCUCUCUCUCUCUCUCUCUCUCUCUCUCCAUCUUCCUCCUCCUCCUCUUUUAUCUGAUCCUGUCAGAGACGCAUUCAGCCCUGCUGCUACGCCAGCUCUCUGUUUUUGUACCUGCAGAGUUGGACUUUCUAUUAAAAACAAUAAAAAGGAUAAUCAGCUAACGAUG